UUUCAAAUUCUUUAAUGAGAACAAAUUCAUUAGUUGUUCCCCAAAAUGUUAUUAUUGGUUGCAAAUACACUGUAAAACCUGCUGAUUUGCAUGAUUUACAUAUAAAUUCUUCUCCAACUCAUCAAUGUUUUGCAUUGGAGAACAUCAGUAUAGUAUCAUGGGUUUUACCUGAACUGAUCUCGGUAAUAUUUCAUAAAAUUUAAUUCAGUCCUUAAUGUUUUUGAGUCUAUCUGGUGUUGGUUAAUCUGCUAACAAAAGAGGUGCUGUGCUGUAUUCAUUCAAGGUGGUAUAACCUGAGGCUAGAAGGUGUACAAACCCACAUGUCCACUGCAAAUCUACAUGGAUCUGCAUAGACGUAAUGCUUUUCUCAACUGAAGCUUCUUUCAGGUGAAUUUAAAGAGAAAAUGUAGCAUUUGUGAAAACAGCAUCUCUAUCUAAAGCGAUUUCCAUGCACAUCUGUCUAAUGUGGCAUGCUGCUCAGUGGGACUGUUACUGUGGUUUUGUUCUGACUAAUACACCUUCAGCAAAAACCUCAAUUCCCAAUCAAAAACAUCUCGCUUUUAAACAAAAUUUAUAUUCAAAUAUUCAUGAAAAUGACUAUCUUGUUAUCCAUUUGUAUUACCCAGUCCCCCUCCGAGCUAUAUUUUUAGGAGCAUUUUGUUCUUUUUUUUCCACACACAUUGUGGUCGGUGGAGCUGGCAUUUAAUUAUGAAAAGAAUAAUUAAAGUCAUGUCUACAAAAAGCCACACUUGCGCCUGACAUCAACUGGUGGUUCUGUGCUGAUAAGGCUUCUGAACUGACGGGAGAGAGCUGCACAAGAGCUUGCAUGACAGCACUCCAGUGUGCCUUUCACCAAAGGGCCCAUCACAUGUUAAACAUGCGGUGCUGGAAAUGCAUCCGCCAAAGCCCAGAGUCUCACUCUGGACCAAGAUGGAGCUGUGUUUCAGCGAAAUAACACCGGGCAGCUGGCAGGGUUGUCUGUCCUUUCCCCCGCAGCUGCUUUCUCUUUGCAUCAAAUAUCAACCCCGAUACUCCACAGACACCAUUACAGGAAGGGAUUUUAACAAGCCUCAUUUUCAGGGAGAAUAUCACCCCUUUUUCUCUCCCCUCCUGAGUCUCUUCACCUUUUGCCACCCAGGAGAGAAGGAAGAGGACACAGUGUGGCCUGCAUAGCAUCCCAUCUCCUCAGUCAAACACCAUGUGUGUGUGUGUUGCAGUAACAAUAACUCUUUCCGCCCACACACUCUGACUCCCUCCAUCCUUCCCUCCCUCUCCCUUUACCUCCCCCCUUAUUGCAGCCACAACCACUACCUCACCCCGCUCCAGUGCCUUCAGUGGCUCACGUGCCGCAGCACACACUCAGAUGAGUCCCACGCUUCAGAGGAAAAAAAAUAAUUCUCCACGCUGAAGUCCAGAGGGGCAGCAGAGUGUGGAGGCGUUAUCCAGCUUAUCCAGGGGGAGGGAGGGUGAAGAAGGGAAGAUGUUGCUCCUUAUCAAUUUGAUGAAGCAGAUGUAAUGAGUGAAGAUAAAGAGGAGAUGCUGCUGGGAUGUGAGGAUGAAACCACCAAAACAUGAGUCAGUUUGAGUCCAAAAAUAAGGUUUCAUUACAUGAGCCAGAGUGCAAUAAAAAUCUGGAAAUCCAUGCUUUAUUCUGGCUAUUGUGUUUGCUCUUUUGUGUAGUUUGUGACAGUUUUCUUCAUCUGAGUAUGUUCUGCUUGACAAUAAACACAAAGGAGAGUCUGUGGGAAAGAAAAAGGCAAUUGUGGCAUAAUGUAAUGUGUAUGUAAUGCUUAUUAAUUCAUUGUAAAAACUGUCCUUUGUCAAAAAUAUUCAUUUUACGCACAACAGAUGUGUAAUUUGAUGUCAAAUUUGCUUCAAAAUAUCUCAGCAGUGAUUGAAUGAUGCUCUGGGGGAAUCAGUGCAAUCUUUUUUCCUUCCAAGAAUCCCUGUUCAACUCUUGUUCUGUCUUUUACUGUUUCCUCAGAGGAGACGGGGGAGAGAUCAAGUAGCCCACACACUGUGCGGUGUGCGCGGAGGGGUGAUGCCUCGAGAGCGCAUCACAGGACGACAAAACCCCUCUGCAACACGCAGUGCCAGACUAGAGCAGCUUUGGCAUGAUAGCUUGUUUCGUGUAGUUUAAAGGGGGAAAAAGCUUGGGCAGCUCGUUCAUUCUACCCCCAACAAACAUACUUCUUAUCAUGCCGGAAUCCAGCUGAUCCAUCUUCGCUGUGCAGUGACAAUGUAGUGGGGAGAAGAAGAAGAAGAAGAAGAAGAAGACGAGGGGGAUCUCCACCGGUUGGAGAGAUCUGGGGAUGCAUGGACACGGUUAUGGGUGAUUAAUGCAGCAAAACAAGGCUGGAUAUGCGCACAAAAAAGUGAGAAGUGAGUUUCGGGGGGCGCACAGGAUGGACACUGCGGAGGUAAUUCUCUCUGUGUUGGUGGUUGUGAUUAUCAUAGUGUCGUUGCUGUCCAACAUCCUGGUGCUGAUCUGCUUUCUGUACAACCCGGAGAUCCGCAAGCAGGUGCCCGGUCUGUUCAACCUCAACCUCACCUUCUGCAACUUGUUGCUGACCGUCUCCAACAUGCCGCUCACUUUGGUGGGACUCGUCAGCAAGGCUCAGCCGGGCGGAGACGGCUUCUGUCAGAUCGUGGGCUUCCUGGAGACCUUCCUGUCCACCAACUCGAUGCUGAGCAUGGCAGCUCUGAGCAUCGACAGGUGGAUCGCGGUGGUGUUCCCCCUGAGGUACCACUCCAAAAUGCGCCACAAGGACGCGGCUUUUGUGCUCGGCUACACGUGGGCGCACUCCAUGUCCUUCUCCACGGUGGCCACCUGCCUCUCCUGGGUGGGAUACCACCGGCUUUACGCGUCCUGCACCCUGUCCAACCCGAGGGCGAGCAGCCGGACCCAGUUUGUUAUCUUCACCGUCUUUUUCCACUCCUUCACCUUCCUGCUGUCUUUUAUAGUGUUGUGUGUCACAUACCUCAAAGUCCUUAAAGUGGCUAGGUUUCACUGCAAGAGGAUCGACGUUAUUACAAUGCAAACUUUGGUGCUGCUGGUGGACAUACACCCCAGCGUCCGUCAGCGUUGUCUAGAAGAGCAGAAGAGGCGACGGCAGAGAGCGACGAGGAAGAUCAGCACCUUCAUCGGCACCUUCAUGCUCUGCUUCGCUCCCUACGUGAUCACAAGGAUCGUGGAGUUAUUUCCAGCGGUGCCUAUCAACCCUCACUGGGGAAUUGUCUCCAAGUGCUUGGCUUACAGCAAGGCAGCCUGCGACCCCUUCGUGUACUCCCUGCUACGGCACCAGUACAAGAAGACGUGCACUGACAUCAUCAACAGGCUGCUGAAGCGCAGCUCCCUGAACGCGUCGGGCCGCAGGCAGGAGAACCAGGUCAACAGCAUACCGACCGACUGACGGAGAGAACGGGCUGAUGGGAUACGGUCUGAGAGGUAGACCUGGCAACCCGUCAUGGGAAAUGUGAACCUGAUUUAUCGCCGAUGAGGACAAAUAUUGGUUGUUCCCGUUCACGUCUGCUUGAAUUUUGUCUGACAUGCCAAAAAAGAAAAAAAAAAAAGAAAAAAUACAAGGAGUUGCUGCACACAAGGGCAAAUCCCUGCACAGGAGCACCGCUGCGCUUGUGUACCGAGUGCCCAGAACAGCAGAUCAGUGCGGUGAACUUGCUGUGAGGACAAUAAAGAAGAGCAGAUUUCACAUCCAACUGGAGAGACAGAUGUGCUUGCCCAGGAAGAACAGCCAGUUCCUAGCCUCAUUAUUUUAACUAGGGUAGCUUUCGGUCAGAUACAGCUCACUAUAUAUUGAUUUUUGCAGUUUGUUUUCACAUCACACUGUAUAUUCAUCUUAUCUUUAAGAACACGGUGGGAUGUCUGUUUUAGUCUGUGCAAAGUGUUUGCAAGUGACUAGUUGAAAAUUCUGUAUGUAGCACUGAAAACUAGCCUAACCAAAACUUGAUACACUACAAGUCCCCUAAUUGUAUUAUAGAUGAAAUUACAGCAGAGAGUUCUGCUGCACAGUCCGGCUCAGGUUUUUUUUUUAAGGCCAAAUUAAGCAAAUUCUUGGAGUACUUUCACUAUUUUAGUACUUUUUCUGGUAGAUUCAGCUGGAAAUAGCAAGAAAAUGUGUUAUUUUUUGCUUUAACACCCAUUUCGAAGGAGUCUUAGUAGGAAAACCGAGCCUUCAAACCGGCUGCCUUUGCUGUCAUGGCUGACGUUCGCCCCUCAGGUUGCUUGGUCAAGUGGAGCAUGAUUAACUGUACUUCUCUGGGUUUGUACCCACACACACACACACACACGCGAGUGACCAGUAGAUCAGAAAUAUGUGAUGUCUUUUUUCCUUUAGCAGUAGGAUUUAAUAGCAGUGACAGCCAUCCAUGCAAAGGUACAAACCGAUCUUAGAACAAAGCACCUCUGGAAGCAUUUAUGCUCGAGUCAGGGGUGAAGCUAUAGGACGAAGUCUCUGUUUUGUUUUUCUAUACAUCUAAUACAUGCUGCAUGUGUAAUGGUGAUAGCUGAGGGCACCUUAAAGAAAGCACGUAACAUUAUUUUGACCUGUUUGAGCUAGUGAACAUGCUAAUUCUACUAUCAUUAAUUCUUUUUUGGACUUUUAGCAGGAUUGCCAUUAGCUGUACACUAGCAUGACUACAAUCACUUGUACAGUUAAACUUGACUACAAUAGAUUUUCUGAAUAUGGCUAGAAUGCAAUAUUUAAUUGCAGAUACAAAAUUACACAUCAUAUUAUUAUCAAAAGGUUUCUACCUCUGAGGUGACUUGUGGGUUUUUUCAUAAAGGCCUGUCUCAAACUGAACUAAGCAAUAGGUUGUGUUGAAAACCAUCCUGAAGGAAUCACAGAACACAGGCUAAACAUUUCAGAUCUUGGUUACAUGAUUGUGUAAGACGUGAAAUGAUGCAAUAGCGAUAACCUUUAUUAUGUGAACAGACCUAUAACCCGCAAGUCUCCCACAAUAUUGGGUUGACUGCUGAGGGCAACACAAUACUAAACUCUCUUCAAAAACUCAUCAAAGUCCUUUUCUUGGAAAGUAAACACAAUCCAACAGUUACUUGGUUUGACCCCUAAAAUCUCAGUAAAUACACGGAGAUAUUCGGUUUGUUAUUAUAGAAGUCACAGAGAUGCUGGAAAUGAUGAAUUUUGGGCAUUUGUUGUUGACUCAAAAAGGUUGCAGUUUAAUUUUCUGUCAGCCACCCUUUCAGUGCAUUGACUAUUUUUUGUUCUACCAAAUUCUCAAGCAAAGUCUAAGAUUUAUACCAGCUACAGAAAAUUAUGAAGGAUACAGGGAUUGUGUAUUUAAUCAGUCUAAUUCCCCUCAUAUGGACGUAGAAACAAUAUAAACCGGUAGAUUGGCUAUAGAUCAGGAUGACUAAUCCUUAAUAGUAGGAACACACAGACACGCCUUGUUGUUAGCUCUAUCUCCCGUUUUAAUUAAUUUCUUUCAGAGGAGCUUUGCCUACAAGAAAUGUUUGUUUAGAUAAAUCUCCAUUUUCAUAGUGAAAUGUUUCCGUGGAAACAAAAAGUGACACUAACAGUGUUUGCAGGAAAGCUACCUGGCAACCAUUAAUUAACAUCUUUAACGAGACGGAUCAUAUAAAAUUCCCCUUUUUGCUCUCAUAAUUGAUAGAUAUUCUGUGUAGUCAUUUCGUCCCGUUGUUUCUGCAGUAGCCUUUAGCCCAUUGUUGUACCCAUUAUGUUGUUUAUUUCUGUAUCAGAAGACAGGCAGCUUUGUAUCAGAGGGUUUCUACUGGGCUCCACUUGUUAUAGAGUUGACUUACUGUAGAUAGAAGUGCUUAGACACCUUAGUCCAGAAGACAAAUUAAAGUACUGCUGAGGUUUAUUCAUGGAUAUGUGAUUUACACUGGGAUUUUGGAUACACAGUGCAUUUAUACUGUACAUCCAGUGAAACAGAGCAGUGCCAAAAUUAUCAUCGAUGCCCAGUGAGCCAAAUAUUAGCAGCUGCAGUUCAUUUUGUAAAAAAAAAAAUCCACAUUAAUAUACAUGUAAGGUAUUUAUGUAAUUACAAACCGAUACGUAUUUGCUUUCAUUUGUACCCAUGAGUUUAAGGUUUUAUGGUUAUACAGAGGAGAAAUUGUUGUCUUGGAUAAAUGAUGCAUUGCAUAGUACUGUAUUACACUCCAAGACAACUGAUGCCUUAAAUUCUGUACGAUUUCAGAGUUUUUACCUUCACAGUGGCAUACGGAUCUCUUCGAUAUAAUACACAGAAUCAGUCAUUGCCUUAUUCUGUUUUGUUCAUUAGCAUCACUCAGAAUCUGAUUCUGUAUUUCUGGAUCCUGGUUCUGAUUUUAGUUCUCACACACAACGUUUUCGCAUAAGCUGUUGUUAUUGAUGACUAAACAUUAAAUAAUGUAUGUUGACAGAUUUAGAUAAAUGACGACGU